AUGAACCCCACCAAUGCCGUGAAUCCCAAUUACUUCAUGGGUCUGAACUUUUACUUCGCUCUUGGUUCGGGUGUCAGAUUCGAUGGAUUGUUUGCCAAAUUGAAGAGAGACCUGGCGAAGGCUUUUGAGAUCAUUCCAGAGCUUGACGGCAGGAUGAUGUUGGCUUCAGAGAACGAAUUUGGGUACAAAAAGGGAGAAUAUCGCAUCACGAUACCUACUGAGCCACUUCACGCGUCUUCAAAGCCGAGGCAACUUGUCUAUAAAGACUUGUCUCAGGUUCUCCCAUCAUUCCUGAAGAUGCGCGAAGUCGGAUUCCCACCGUCUUUGUUUAGCGACAAGCUCGUCCUAGACUGCUGCCCAUUCCCAGCCAUGCGAGCUGAUAUCUUGUUUGCUCAAGCCAAUUUUGUCGAAGGCGGGUGUAUGUUGGCAACCAACUUCAUUCACACCUGUCUUGACGCUGUGGGUGUCAUGAUGGCUCUGAGAGUCUGGGCUGAGUGCUGUAGAUAUCUCGACGGGGACCAAACAGCAACUUGCGAUUGGUUUGACACCGAAAGCUUCAACCAUGAUCUUUCUGAGAUCAUUUGGGAACAAGUUGGAUAUGCAAAGCCGGCUCAUGAAGUAGAUCCGGGAACAUGGGCAUAUCUGCCGUUCCCAGAGAAGAUUGCAGAGACGAGACUUUUCCAAAAUGGUGAUAGCACUGCGCAACAGAAUGGCCUGUCGCUGAGUCUUCCCCCAGCGCCCAUUUUUGCGGGCAGCCCUGUAUGGCCGGCAGCCCCAAGCGAACGAUCGCUAGAAACCACUGUUUUCUUGCUUCCUGGUGAGAGUAUCCAUAAGCACAAGCAGGAAGCCCUGGCGGAUGCAGAUGCAGAUGCAAAGAACCGGUUUGCGUCAAUUAUCGAUGUUGUGCAGGCAUUCUUUUGGCGCGCCUCUAUACGAUCUGGUUACAGAGUGGCCCAAGAACAUUGCAAUCAUCAGUUCAAGAUCGAUGAGAUGUCGAUCUUGGAAAUGCCAAUUGACGGCAGGCUAUAUUUCGUGUCUCAGCUACCAUCAUCUCAUAUGCAGAGCAUGAUCAUAUUGAACGUACCAAGUAUGCCAAUCGAAAUGCUCUGUUCUUCUGAUACGAGUGUCGCACAAAUUGCAGGUAUAAUUCCAGAAGCAGCUGCUCGUAUCACUCCGUCUCUGUUCCAUGACACGUUUGCACUUUUGUGCUCAAUUGCAGAGUACAGCAAGCCUGCGACGGCAAACAUGGGUCUUGAGCGGUUCCAGCGAAAGACUGGAUACGUCCAGCAACAAGAUCUUCACCUCUCAACAACAACAGUCAGAGAGGCCUUGACAUUCAGUGCUCUCCUUCGACAGCCGCGGAUUACCUCUCGUAAGGACAAGUUACAGUAUGUGGAGCAUGUCAUCGACACUCUUGAGAUGAGGUCAUAUGCAGAUGCUAUUGUCGGUGUACCUGGUGAAGGUCUCAACAUCGAACAGAGGAAGCGACUAACCAUUGGUGUCGAGCUCGUUGCCAAGCCUGCUUUGCUUCUAUUCCUGGAUGAGCCCACUUCAGGUCUCGACAGUCAGACGGCUUGGUCAAUUUUUCAACUCCUCCGCAGACUUGCAGACAACGGCCAGGCUAUUCUGUGCACAAUCCACCAACCAUCUGCUCACCUCUUCCAGGUCUUUGAUCGCCUCCUCUUCCUUGCUAUGGGAGGCAAAACAAUGUACUUCGGCGACAUUGGCCCUUCCUCAAAAGCAAUGACAAGCUACUUUGAGCGUAAUGGAGCUCGUACUUGCGGGCCUGAUGAGAACCCUGCAGAGUGGAUGCUCGAAAUCACCGGGUCCCUUAGUGAACAAGACUGGCCGGCAAUCUGGAAUGAGUCCCCAGAACGCAAGGCAGUCAGAGCAGAGCUGGCUAUGAAGAAGGCAAAACUCUCCCAGCGAGCAAUUACCAUCACAGACCCGAGUGACGUAGAUGCCCUGCAUCCAUUUGCAGCAUCCUUCACAACGCAACUUCAUGUUGUUCUGAAACGGGUAUUCCAGCAGUACUGGCGCACUCCUUCAUACCUCUACUCCAAGGUUGCGCUCUGUCUGUUCAGUGCACUCUUCAUCGGCUUCUCUUUUUGGCAGUUGUCCAACUCUCUUCACGGACUGCAGAAUCAGAUGUAUGCCAUUUUCAUGCUGCUUGUCAUCUUUGCAAAUGUCUGCUCGCAGAUCAUGCCACAUUAUGAUGCUCAGCGGGCCCUUUACCAGUCUCGGGAAAGUCCAUCCAAGACUUAUUCAUGGCAGGUAUUCGUACUCUCCAAUUUACUUGUUGAGAUCCCCUGGAAUUCUCUAUCAGCGCUUCUCAUCUUCGUAUCCUGGUACUAUCCCAUUGGGCUUCGACACAACGCUUUGGAGGCAAAGGAGGGCCCAGAAAGAGAGGCGCUCAUGUUCUUGUUUAUUCUCGCCUUCAUGAAUUUUGCCGGGACGUUUACAAACAUGGUUUUGUCUGCCGUUGGUUCCGCUGAAGCUGCUGGCAACUUGACUAACCUACUACAUUCGCUAUCUUUGAUCUUCUGCGGAAUCCUCGUGUCGCCCGACGCUAUGCCUGGAUUCUGGAUCUUCAUGUACAGGGUGUCGCCAUUCACUUACUUCUUCUCUGGCGUUCUAUCUGUCGGUCUCGGCAACUCACAAAUCUCCUGUUCCACAGAAGAGUACUUACAUUUCUCCCCGCCACCUUCUAUGAACUGCUCCUCUUAUUUGGAACCUUACAUCGAGGCGUUUGAUGGUUACCUUACAGCGGAAAGCAUGGGAUCAACUACCGAAUGUGUUUUUUGCAGUGGUAACGACACCAACAUUUUCCUUGAAUCAGUGAGUGCAAACUAUAACGACCGUUGGAGGAAUUUUGGGAUUUUCUGGGUGUACAUUAUUUUCAACAUGGCAGCAGCACCUGUGCUGUUCUGGCUCACCAAAGGGCCGAAGGACAAGAUGAGCAUUGGGAAGAAAGGAAAGGGUCCAGAAGUUAAAAGUGACAAUGUCAGUGCGGAAUGA